CCCACGUGGUCCCACGUGAUCCCUUCAUCCCGUGAUGGCUCAUUUCAUUGCCGAGGUUCGAUGGACUGAACUGUGGAUACAAAUCAUAUAAUCAAUCCUCAUGAAAGAGAGCUCCGGUUGGCCAGGGGGCAAAUCUAUCACCAUGAAGAUAAGAAAGAGAAAGAAAAAUGUGGUUGACCCAGGUUCUUUGACCGCGCUCAUGCAUCAAUUGCCCUGCGCAACAUACGUGUAAUAUAUUGUCGAAAUGUCACCUCCGCAUUCCGAACUCUUUGAGGAAGCAAUCAGGGUCACUCCCCUAACUUCGCAUACAUACUCGGCGCAUUUACAGAAGGACUGGUGUAUCGGAAAUGUCCCUCAUGGAGGUUAUACGACAGCCAUCCUCUACCGCCUGACCACCACGCAUUUCGCUCAAUCCGAUACGUCGCCCUACCGAUCCAAACCCGUCCUACCGAUCUCCUUUCAAUUGACCUUUGUGCGCCCGACACAAGUCGGACCGGCCACGUUAACCGUUCAAGAGGUCAAAUUAGGCGCGCGAACGAGCACCAUCCAAGUAACGCUGUCGCAGGAUGCGGCGUCCAAAGGACCGCAAACUAAGGUGGUGGGAUACAUAACGGUCAGUCCUAUCGAGACAGACCAAGAGGGCCCCGUGGUGAAAGGGACUCCGGUCCUUCAUCCAAACCCACCCCCAGGAUCCAAACCGGACGGCGGGGUCGACUUCACGGCGCUGGCGAAAACAGGGAGAGAUGGCCAAUGGACAAGAUUCCCCACAAUUCCCGCAAUGGCAGUUUCUCAGCAUACAGAGCUCUAUGGCACACCACCGCCCUCCACUGUACAGGAGCGCAUUAAGUCCACCGUGGACCAGUGGGCGAGAUUUCGCCCCGGUGGCCAGGUGCCUGCCCAAUGGACAAAUGAGGCGUUAAUGUGCCUACUCGAUCUGUUUCCGAUGGCGUUGGAUAGACUUGGUGCGAUGGCAACCUCCGCUUGGGCGAGUACGAACGACCCAGAAGACCGACAGAGUCGUUCACCAGGUCCCUUCUGGUUCCCCACGGUGUCUUUCAAUGUGGAUUUGAAGAAAUCGAUCCCAAAGGAGGGUGUUGCCUGGUUACAUAGCCGUGUGGUUACACAGACCUUGCGCGCCGGACGAGCUGAUAUCAGUGUGGAGAUCCUUGACCAGAAUGGAGAGCUGAUUGCCAUCAGCUCUCAAGUUUGCAUGGUGGUCGGAUUCGAUCGGAAUUUGAAGAAUGGGGACCGCGCCCGGCCCACUCAAGGAAAAUUGUAAAGUAACUAGACUAAACGAUAACUGUACUAGAUACCAUUAGUUGCAUGCAAUAGAAUCCCGCGCGAGCGUUGUUUUGGGCCAGAAAGGACGAGUAUCAGGAGAAGCCUUCAUGUUAUGUCGCAACCGCACUAUGGAAAUCAGUCCCGAGUCCGCCAAAGGCUUCAGGAGGGCCUCAACGUGGUCAUUGUCUACAGUCAUCUUCGCUCC